CCUCUGGAUGGCUCGCGCAGCUGAAGCCGGGCUGCCUGAGCCGUGACACCGGAGCUGGCUGACUGGCUGCUGCGCUCCUGCGUCCCGCGCGUGGUGCGACUCUCGGUUCGCGGUAUUUGUCUCAACCAAGUCAGCACUGACGAGCCUGUGUUUGGCUGCCUCUCUCGUCCUGGUCUGGGAGGAACCUGCUUUUCCUCACCAUGGCUUCCAACUUCAACGACAUAGUCAAGCAGGGAUACGUGAGGAUACGGAGCAAGAAGCUGGGGAUUUUUCGACGGUGCUGGCUGGUGUUCAAGAAGGCCUCCAGCAAAGGACCCAGACGAUUGGAGAAGUAUCCUGAUGAAAAGGCAGCCUACUUUAGAAGCUUCCAUAAGAUCACCGAGCUCCACAACAUCAAGAACAUUACCAGAAUGCCACGAGAGACGAGGAAGCAUGCGGUGGUGAUUAUCUUCUGUGACGACACAUCAAAGACCUUCGCCUGCGAAUCAGAGCUGGAUGCAGAGGAGUGGUGCAAGCUGCUGUGUUUGGAGUGCCUGGGCAGCCGUCUCAACGACAUCAGCCUGGGAGAACCGGACCUGUUAGCAGCGGGAGUUCAGCGGGAGCAAAACGAACGUUUCAAUGUCUACCUGAUGCCGACGCCCAACCUGGACAUCUACGGAGAGUGCACCAUGCAGAUAACUCACGAAAACAUCUACCUGUGGGACAUUCACAACGCUCGCCUCAAACUUGUCAUGUGGCCUCUCAGCUCGCUACGCAGAUACGGCCGAGAUUCCACCUGGUUCACGUUCGAGUCUGGAAGGAUGUGUGACACGGGAGAGGGUUUGUUCACGUUCCAGACGCGGGAGGGGGAGAAGAUCUACCAGCGGGUCCACUCAGCCACACUCGCUAUCGCCCAGCAGCAUGAAAGGAUGAUGGAGGAGAUGGAGAAGAGCUCCCAGGUCCACUCAAGAGAGACGCUCACCAAGUCCAUCUCUCUGCCGCGCAGCGCCUACUGGCAGCACAUCACACGCCAGAACAGCGUGGGCGAUCUCUUCUCUUACCAAGAGACGAGCGCGACGAGAGCUUUCAUCCCCAGAGCACAGACCUUCCCCACCUUCCUCUCAGACGAAUCCAAACAGGAGCCGCAGCAGCAGAGGCAGGAAGAAGAGACGACGCCGCCCUCUAGUGGUGCAGAGGCCAGUUGCAGCCUGAGACACCAUCAAUGACAAGAGACGCUCCAGCAAAGUCGGACACUUGAACCACUGCAGUAGCCAGAAUGUAGAAAAAAAAUGAGGUGUAAUAUAUGUUUAGGUGAACUAGGGAAGCUUAUUUUAUUUAUUUACUUUGUUGGUAUUUUGGGAUGAAACGGAAGGAAAAAGAAAAAGUGGUGAAAAAAAAGGACUUCUCGCAGAGAUUGAACCAGUCACUUUUAUUUAUCAUAUAAACCCGAUCCUGGUCUUGACUGCUGGAUUGAAUGACCACUUUAUUUUUAUUUUUUUACACCAAGAUAGUCCCAGGAUAUCAAGAUAUCAAGAUGUCUUAGGACUACAUUUCUUCUACAUUCAAACCGACAAGCCAAAAACCUAUGAUGCCGUGAUCACAACCCUCUUACGCAAUUGCUCAAGGGCAGCGGAAAACCCGGGAGUCUGACCUUGUUUGCUUUCAAUGUCUCAUGACUUCUCUGUUGACAACUGACCUUUCUGCAAGGUAACGCAGUGGAUCGUCCCAUACUCUCUGAAAUGCAGGCUCGAGUUGGAAGGGCCUGGAAAACCUCCAAAGUUUAGGGAGCAUCCAUUUCACAAGCCAAACCUUCCCCAAGAUCCUGUGUGUUUGUAUCAGAGAGUGUGUGUUUCCUGGUGGGGAAGUUAGGACGGACCCAAGUGAAGGAACUGCCCACACAACAACACAACGUUGAGCAUUUGGACAAUACCAGAACAGGAUUAUUUCCGGACUGUCCUGGAGUUUUUGGGGCGCCGGGUUUUAUGCGUCCAUCUUUUCUAUUAUAUGUGUGACUGUGGCACACUAUUGAAAUGCUUCACCACGGUCUCCGCCGGUGUCAGCCACAAGUGAAUCCAUGUUUGUUGAGGUCAAAUGAAGGUCUGGCAGGGAAGGGAUGUGCUUCAGCUGGUAAAUAACUAAAUUAGAACUUCCCCCACCUGGACAAGUGCUUAAAUACCCGAAAAAUAAAAUGGUAUAUUCACUGCCGGAAAUGAACCUUUUAGUGUGAGCAAACUGCGGAUUGCACAUUUUAGUAUGUGCAAAGCACUCGGGUGAGGUAAUGGAGCAGAUGUCAUUUAAAAUGUUCUUCACCGGGAAGGUAAAGUAUGAAAUGCGGUUUCCAUCGUGGAAACGUUGACAAGCUUGUGAUUCGUGUGCCGCUUUGUGGUGCGGGGUUAAGAUGCACAACCAGGUCACCGAUGAGAAAUUGCGUGGGAAAAGUUGUAAGGCUGCUUUUUUUUUUCUCUCCGUGCAAUUCAGGUCAGUGACAUUGUUUUGGCUUCUGCGGAGUAGCUUGAAGAGUGAAACUGCCUGUUCUCUGUUUUCAAGGUCAUGAUUCGGGGAAGCGUUUUUGGGGAGUUGGAUCCUGAACAUUCAGGUUUCACUCGAUCGAGUCUGAUGGUGAAAGAGCUGGGACCGGGGUUAGGGCAGCGAUGGAAUGCCGAGAAAGGCAAUAUUGGGGUUCCUGUUUUAGAACAGAGGUGUCUCGACUCAAAAACUGGCCACAAUCUGAGUCAAAGUCAGAAACAGAAAUGAUAUUUACUUAGCCAUUUGUUAGUAGCAGCCGUCUGAUCAUUUUAAUCAGGUUUUCUAGAAGGCUAAAUUUAGCAUAGUUAUCUCAAACAUCCACCCGUUUUCUAUGAAAUUCCUUUCCGUCUAUUUCAGCUUUUACAUUUCUGAAACUUUCUGGGUGUUAAAUGCCAUUUGUAAUCUUUUUUUUUAUUUUUUUUAUUAGCUCUGUGUAAAGACUAGUAUGUUCAUAGGUCACCAUGUAAACACAAACAAUACUUUUGGGCCAUGUGAAUUGAACUAGCGUGUCGUAUUUGGCCCCCGGGCCUUGGGUUUGACACGUGUUCUACACCGCUGGUGAAGUUCUGGUGGGUCCUUUGAUCCCACUCCACAGCCUCUAGCGAUAGGUUGCAGCGUUUCUGCUCUAGGGUUCAACAGUUGUGGAGCGUGUGGCUCUAAACUGUCGUACACUCGGCUACUUGUAAGAGGCCUUCCAGGCUCGUCCCACUGAGGGGAAGUACUCAGUCCCCUCUGAGAGCUGGAGACGGUGGCUUGGAACUGAAGUCUACUGCAGUGAUCCAAGGAUAGAGAAGAGGUUGGAAAUGCCAAACGCAAAACUUUUAACUGCCACAGUAACAUGGGAAAAAAAAAAGCAGGAAAGUCGUCACACAAAGCAUUUACGUGUCACCGCUCCAGAAGAAGUGCCUUCCGACAGACCUCAGAUUGGACCUUUGUUGCUUGUUUGUGUUGUCAAACCUUUGUCUCAUGUUGUCAGUGUCGUAUUCCUCAUGGAACAGAGACACACUUUAGCAGGUUUCGGGACAGAUAUCAGCACUUACUUUGUCUUUUAUCUCUCAGCAUUUUUUUUUUUAAAACAAGUCAUGUUAAAAAUGAUGUAGAAAAACUAGACUGCAGAAACAUGUCUGGUUUCGGGGACACUAGUUGUUGCCAUGAAUUGUAUUGUGUUUUGUUUCUUUUUCUUUUUGAUAUUGUACGAUUUGUGUGUCUGAUAUCUUCCGUUGAAGUCGGACUGUUUGUUGCUAGCACUGUGGAUACACCGAGUGUAGAACCACUGUUGUCACUGGAUGUACAUACUACUGAUGGCAAAUACACUGAAUGUUCUACUGUGCCUUUCUCGUGCCGCUUUUGUGUAUCGACUGGUUGAGGUCAGAUGGCGACAAAUUCACCAGGGGCCA